CAAGGUCCAUUACGGAGAUACUGUCUGUCUUCGGCAACAAGUCUAGUCGGAGAAAACCCUUCUACAAACUAAACUUGUUACAGAUGCAAUUUGAGUGAAGCAAAGAUCAGAACCGGUCUCAUUAAGCUCUCUGUUCAAAAUUUUCUUUUUCUCCAAUUGAAAUUUUGUAUCAGCUUUCUCGGUUCCUUUCCUUUGGUGUUGGUUUAGGUUAAUUGAUAAAUCCACGAUGGCGACAGCGAUGGUAGAGGAUUCAAGCUUCGAAGAUGACCAGCUUGCGUCUAUGACUACCGAGGAUAUCCUUAGAGCCUCUCGUCUUCUUGAUAACGAGAUUCGUAUCCUCAAGGAAGAGUUGCAGAGGUCCAAUUUAGAGCUGGAUUCGUUUAAGGAGAAGAUAAAAGAGAAUCAGGAGAAGAUUAAGCUCAACAAGCAGUUGCCUUACCUGGUUGGCAACAUUGUUGAGAUUUUGGAAAUGAACCCAGAAGACGAAGCUGAGGAAGAUGGUGCAAACAUUGACCUUGACUCUCAAAGGAAGGGUAAAUGUGUUGUGCUGAAAACUUCUACUCGUCAGACUAUUUUUCUGCCGGUUGUUGGUCUUGUUGACCCAGACAAGUUGAAGCCAGGUGAUUUGGUUGGAGUCAACAAAGAUAGCUACCUGAUCUUGGAUACUCUUCCAUCUGAGUAUGACUCUAGGGUAAAGGCCAUGGAGGUUGAUGAAAAACCCACAGAGGACUACAAUGACAUUGGGGGCUUGGAGAAACAGAUCCAAGAGCUAGUUGAGGCAAUUGUAUUGCCCAUGACUCACAAAGAGAGAUUUCAGAAGUUGGGCAUUCGUCCUCCCAAAGGUGUCCUCCUGUAUGGACCUCCUGGGACAGGGAAGACACUGAUGGCCCGAGCCUGUGCUGCACAAACAAAUGCCACGUUUCUAAAGUUGGCAGGCCCACAACUUGUGCAGAUGUUCAUUGGUGAUGGUGCCAAACUUGUCCGUGAUGCUUUUCAGCUUGCAAAAGAGAAAUCACCUUGCAUCAUAUUUAUAGAUGAAAUUGAUGCAAUUGGCACAAAGCGUUUUGACAGUGAAGUAAGUGGAGAUAGGGAAGUGCAGAGGACCAUGUUGGAAUUGCUUAAUCAGCUUGAUGGGUUUAGCAGUGACGAGAGGAUUAAGGUGAUAGCAGCAACAAAUCGUGCUGAUAUCUUGGAUCCUGCCCUCAUGCGUUCCGGUAGAUUGGAUCGCAAAAUUGAGUUUCCACAUCCAAGUGAAGAAGCAAGAGCUCGCAUUUUGCAGAUCCACUCAAGGAAGAUGAAUGUUCAUCCUGAUGUCAAUUUUGAAGAAUUGGCUCGGUCCACUGAUGACUUCAAUGGAGCACAGCUAAAAGCUGUUUGUGUAGAGGCUGGGAUGCUAGCUCUUCGGCGGGAUGCAACUGAGGUGAACCAUGAGGAUUUCAAUGAAGGUAUAAUCCAGGUCCAAGCAAAGAAGAAAUCAAGCUUGAAUUACUAUGCAUAAGUUUGAAAGGCGGUUUCUGUUCCAGCUCAAGCCCAAUGGUUGCAAGCUUUUAAGUCAGAAUUUUUUAAUACGAGAAUGAGCUUCUUUUAGUCCCUUGCUAUGGUUUCUAUCCAUACUGUAGAAACUUGAUGUAAAAGUUGAAAGAUGUAAGAAAUUAUACUUUGCUUGGUUUGUUACAGUUAAUUUAAUUCGGCAUCUCGAAUGAAUGUUACCCAGCAAAAACAAAAUUACAGCGCUUAA